AUGAUAGCCAAGUUCAAUUAUGUAAUAUAUGUUUUGAUUGUUGACUUCAACGACAAAAGAAACGAUAAAGCUUUUUGUGACUUAUGUGAAGAUAAUUCAAACAAAGUGUUAUGUUGUGCUGGUGCAUCAACGGGAUCAUUUGGAAGACAUUUAAAACAGAUACACAAUAUGAGUCGAAGCUCUCAAAAUCCAAGUGAUGAUAAUUGUCAUGAAGAUGAAGAGUGUAAUACAGUUGUUAAUUUAACACAAUGUUCAUUGUCAUCCUCAAAUAAUUUAAAUACAGAAUGUUCAUCCUCAUCAUCGGAAUUUCGUGAACCACAGCCUCGAAAACGACGUAGAACUUAUAUUGAUAAGAACAUUGAAAGAAAUCGAAUUUGUUCUUCUAAAAGAACAGAAGAAAUCCAUCAGGCGUUAGCUAAAAUGAUCGCCAUGAAUCAAAUGCCCUUAUCCUUUUGUUCUAGUUCCGGAUUUAAACAAUUUAUGAGUAUAGUUGAACCAAAUUAUAUAAUUUGUAAGGAAGGUGCUAUCAAACAGAGACUCAAAGGAUUAAAGUCUUCGGCUGAAGAAAUAAUAGAAAAAAGAAUUAAAAGAUGCCAGGAGUCUUCAAAUCUUUCGAAUCAACUUGAAACUACUUUUAAUAAAUGGGAUAUCAGCCAAAAAAUAAUGUCAGUAGUUACUGAUAAUGCAAAGAAUGUGUUGAAUGCAGUUGAUUUACUGGAUAAUAUCACAGAAAAUAAUGAUCUAACAUGUGCCGCACAUAGUUUACAACUUCCUGUCAACAAUGCCCGAAAUCAUUCAAAUUUAGCUAGUCAAUAUUUAAAAGAUAAGCAAGAACAACUAGGUUUUCCAACAGAAAGCUUGAUUCAAAGCUGUAAAACUAGAUGGAAUUCUAUAUUUAUGAUGCUUGAUCGACUUUAUAAAAACAGGUGCCCAAUUUCAAAUGUUCUGGCUGAUCGUUCAAUGACUACAGCAGCGAUGGCACACAAAUUUGAAGUGAGAGCACCAAUGGACAGAUGUAGAAACGUUAAUACAAUUGCUUAG